UGUAUAAUCAUAAUUUAAGAUAAGGUUGUAUAAAUAUAAAAUAUCCUUUGAUUGGUCCCACACCCAAAAUAUCUUAAACAUGGGAUUUUUUUUUUAUAGAUAACUCUUCGGAUACUUUUUCAUAAUUCAAUUUGCUUUUUCCUUUUCUCUAUAAAAAAAAGUAUCCGAAGCCUUAUCCACUUCACUCUUCUGCACAACUCGAACUUUAAAAACCAACCCUUCUUUCUUGCUACUUGCAAAUAAUACUAUCUUUCUUUCAGUGAAGAUGAUAAAGUCUGUUACUCUUCGUCCGUUUCCUCUCCCUAUAGAGUUUCACGGCAAGCCUCAGUUCGUCGAACCGUCGAAGUCUUGUUUUGCGGUGGUCAGGUGUUCAAGCACGAGAGACGUUCCUAAGCUUGAGCUCUUUAGCCGCGGAAAAUUCGACCGUGUACUUCAAGAUCCGCCAUUAAUAGAAAAGACCGAGAACGAACUCUCCGAUUACUGUUCUACACUCGAAGGUGAUGCUUCUUACAGCUGCUGGAGAGCUUACUUUGAACUCAAAGACCUUGAGAAAGAGAAGCCAAAGGUGGAAGUUGAGAAUCUAAUCUUGCAAACAGGCGGUGUGAAAUCGCUAAUCGGGUGCUUACAUGGACUUGCUUCGAUGGAGAAGGAAAGCAAAACCAAGAAUGGUUCAGAGGUUACAGAGGAAUCAGAUUCAGAUAAGAUGAAACUACACGUUCACGUUCCUGAUGGUUUACCAAAAUCUCAAGAAGAAUUAGAAGAAGAAGAGAAAUCAAGAAUGCCAGAUUCUGCUUUCACAAGAUUGCUUAGAGCCAAAGGAACCAUCCCUGCUUGGUUCUCUCACGCUCCGGACCACGAAACAGACUGAAAGAAUCCAUCUCACACAGUUUUACUUCUAUGUACAUAUAGCAAAAAGUGGUUUCUUGAUAUUUUGCUUUAUAACAUAUAAUUAUUAUAAUACCUUUUCAUAAUACCUAUAAAAUAUGGUUUGUCAAUGUGUGAUGAUCUUGAAUGGUUUUGAUGAUAAAGUUGUUUCGAAGCCGUGUGCUUAAUUUAGUACCUGAUUUUGGUUA